CCCGCCCGCGCCGCCCCCCUCUCGGGGUAGAAUUUAAAGGGGGCGUAGUCUCUCGCCCCUCUCAGGUGACCUCUCGGGGCUUCCCGGCCAAAGGUGCCCGGCGCCGAGGAACAUGGCGAAGGUGGAGCAGGUCCUGAGCCUCGAGCCGCAGCACGAGCUGAAGUUCCGAGGUCCUUUCACCGAUGUUGUUACCACCAACCUAAAGCUUGGUAACCCAACAGAUCGAAAUGUGUGUUUUAAAGUGAAGACCACGGCUCCGCGAAGGUACUGUGUGCGGCCCAACAGCGGGAUCAUUGAUGCUGGGGCCUCCAUUAAUGUGUCUGUGAUGUUACAGCCUUUCGAUUAUGAUCCCAAUGAGAAAAGUAAACACAAGUUUAUGGUUCAGUCUAUGUUCGCUCCAGCUGACACUUCUGAUAUGGAAGCAGUAUGGAAGGAGGCAAAACGAGACCUUAUGGAUUCAAAACUUAGAUGUGUGUUUGAAUUGCCAGCAGAAAAUGAUAAACCACAUGAUGUAGAAAUAAAUAAAAUUAUAUCCACAAGUGCAUCAAAGACAGAAACACCAUCGGUGUCUAAAUCUCUGACUUCGUCUUUGGAUGACACUGAAGUCAAGAAAGUGAUGGAAGAAUGUAAGAGGCUGCAAGGUGAAGUCCAGAGGCUGCGGGAAGAGAACAAACAGUUCAAGGAAGAAGAUGGGCUGCGGAUGAGGAAGACCUUGCAGAGCAACAGCCCCAUUGCAGCACUGGCUGCGACCGGGAAGGAGGAAGGCCUCAGCACCCGGUUAUUGGCUCUGGUGGUUUUAUUCUUUAUCGUUGGUGUUAUUAUAGGGAAGAUUGCCUUGUAGAGGCAGCAUGCAAAGGAUGGCAAAUCGGAUUGAUGAAUCCACAUAUCAUGGGAUUUAAAUUUAUCAUAACCAUGUGUAAAAAGAAAUUAAUGUAUGAUGACAUCUCACAGGUCUUGCCUUUAAAUUACCCCUCCCCACGCACACACACACAAAUGCACACACAAAUAAACAAUCUUUUAGAGAGUUAAAAAUGUAUAGUGAGUGAUCGGGGAAAAGACUGAGCUCUGCUAAGAAUGAGGGAAUCCAUGAUUGGUGCCACAGCGGCAUAUGUAACUCGUUGUAACUUGAUAGGCUUUGGUACAUGUCGCUGCAUUACUUCUCAAAGCAAGACACUCUUCCUCGCCUAUAGGUGCUGGCCCGUGGGAACGUGAGCCCAGCAUGCUGGGGCAGGCAGCUGCCUCCAUGGUAACCCCAUGCCCACUCUGCUCAGGUGGCCUUCCCAUAUCUGCAGUUCUGUCCAAGCCUUCGAUUCUUUGGGACUGAUGCUGAGUGGCUGAAGCCGCAAAGCCUUGCACUGUGGCAGCAUUGGUGUGCUCAGCGGUUGUGAGAAAGAGGCACAUGUCAUCUGACCCAACCACUUGGAAUACAAGUCAGUGCUUUGUUCUCUUAAAGGGACCAAGCUAAAGUACUGUUGGUUCAUGUAGUGAAGCCAAACUGUUAUCAGAGAUGUGUAAUGCAUAUUUAACUUAUUUAAUGUGUUUCAUCUCAUGUGUUCUUAUUGUCACAAGAGUACAGUUAAUGCAGCCUAAAAGUCACCUGUGUUACAGAAUACCAGUGAGCAGGACUGGCACUGCUGCUGGGCACUGCGGCUCCCCCCGUGUCCUGAGGUUCUGGGUGUGGGGAGAAUUUACCUGAAUGUCAGAGAACAGCUGCCUUUCUGUAUCAGUCAGUAACAACUGUUGUAGGGAGGGAAAUUCUUAGUAGUAACAGUCAAUUCUGGGUUACCCAUUUUAAUGGAGAAGAGUAGCCAGUUUUCUAGAUUGUUCUUUCACUACUCUCAGCCACCACUAAUACUUCCAGCACACAGGCGCAGAUCUGUCCUGACCUCCUGUGAGCCCUAGGUUGGAGUCAGGACUAAUGAGUCGGGUUACAGAGUGUGAAGGCAUGGGCAGGGCAGGAUUGGAGGGCUUCUCAGCUAAUCCAUCUACUGGUAAUGGACAGUCUGACUGAAUUAAUUUUAUGCCGUAAAAGACCAAUCCAAUUCUGUUCAGCUAUGUAGCAGCAUCUUAAAAGAAAAAAUUAAAAUAAAGCCCCAAAUUAAGAGUUCUUUUGUCAUUUUGUCACAUUUGCUGUGUGUGUGGAGUUAUUAUUUUAUCAUCAUUAGUUUGCCAUUGGAAGGCUGAUUUUAAAAUGAGCUCCAUCAAUGAGAAAUACGUGUUUAAUGAUUUUGAAUACACACAUACGUGCGCACUCACACACACACAAAAUUGAGGGGGUUGGCUUUAACUGAUAAUAUGAAAAAUAAAAGUGUUGAAAUUCCAGUUCCUGUUGCCCCUGCCCUUUCACUGCCUUGGUCUUUGGUGAAAAGCAGUCUCCCUCCAGUCAGGGAGCCACACCACAGAGACUAGUGACUGCUGUUGGGUCAGCAUAUGCCUGGGUUUGAGUGCACAGCUCAUGGAAAAGAAGACCGUUCUUCAAUGCCAUACACUAGAGCCACAUUUCUCCCAAGCGAUGGUUAGCUGGCACCUUGAGAUGGUGAAGUGGGAGUCUGGUUGGUCUGAGUAGGUAGCCUCCUGUCUUUGUGAAAGGAAGUUUACUGUAAACCCCAGGUGCUCACAAGAAAUGUCAAGCAGACCUGGUUCUCAUCAAGCACCAAUUGCUCAGAUUGCAGGGAGCAUGCACAUGGGGAAGGCUGCCCCAUUAUUAUUUAGUCUUCAGGAUCUUUUCUGUGUGGCCUCAGGUGCUUAGGAGAGGGAGUGAAGACACUAGCCUGGGCGUCAUAUGCCUUCUCCCCCCUAGUUUUCUGUAAGUGAACAAAAAUUUGCUAAUUGAAGGUACUGUAGCAAACUGGUCUUUUGUAGCUUCCAGUUUCCAUGUGGACUCAAGAGGAAAGUGAUUCCAAGGUCCUCCAAUAGGACUUGGGUGUAGUGCACCCCAGUGAUGCCAGAGUGGGGAUCUCCAAGCAUUGUUCUUUCAGGAUGUGGCCAGGUGUUCUGAGAAAACUUCACAAUAACAGCCAGCUGGUGGGCUUGAGCACCUGAAAGGCUGUGGUGGUCUGAAUCUUGGAGGGUGAUUUUGUGUGUUGUGGUCACCCAGCGGAGGAUGCAGUCAUUUUUGAUGCAAAGGAAAAAAAAUCAAAUAUUAAGAUGUAAAGUUGUCUCUUCCUUCUAGCCAGUCUUUGGACAUGUUGUAGGAAUAGAGGUUGAGACUUGCUGAUUAAAAGGAAGAAGAAGAACUGCAGGGAAAGUGACAGGGUAGUGCUGGAAAGGUGAGCUCUUCUCCAAGUCGGUAAAGAAAGUGCCAGAAGAGCAAAUACUGCUCAUGUUCAGGGGCUGUUUUAAGAGCCACAAACCCUGAGAACCUGGUGACAUGCACAUUUCGAGUGUCUUGAAUGCCAAAGGAAAAACAGUAGGGCAAGAGGUGACUGUGGGGUCCUGUCACAACAAUCUUCUCUGCCCGGAGACGAAAAGAGUUGAAUAAUUGGGAAAGACGAAGCGCAGUGGAGUUCUGGUCAGGAGGCAGCCCAGGCCAGCCUCCCUGGAUUACUGGCCUACAUCACUGCAGCUGGGAGUCCUGGCUUUAGAAAUGCCAGACUUGGUGCUCACAGAGGUGGAAGCAGUAGCUGAGUCCUAUAAAUUAUUAUUGAUUGAAUUUUGAAUUGAUAAUUGAAGCUUGGAAAAAUACAAAAUACCUCUUAAAGACAGCAGGUAAUAUUAUUUAUAGGUGUGAGGACCAGUCUUUAAUUUUUUUCUCCUCCUAGUUUGCAUGAGUUCCCUCUCUAGUCUUAAACUGCUGGCACCAGCAGUAAUAAAUACUGAUAAAAUCAAAAUUGAUUUUUACCAGUGGACAGUUUAUGCUUAGAGAGACGGCUUAUACCUACAUAACACAGAAGGGGGAAAAAUGAAGAACCUCCAGUGAUCCGUGAAAACCUAAAUGCUUUCAAACAAAUCCUAGGAGCAGAAUUGCUAUCGAAAGAUAUCAGUGCCCAGCUUGCAGGCUGUGUUAAGUCAGAUAUAACUGAAUGCAAUGAGAGCUCAGACCUAAAUAUCCCUUCAAAUGAAUUUGAAAACAAGCUCUGUGUGUGUGGGGGGGGUGUGUAUGUGUGUAGCAUAUGUACCAUGUAUAAGUAGCUUGAACGUUUUCAAAUGGUGCCUGGAUUUUUUUUUUUUUUUGCACACAAAUCUUUGUAUUUGCAAACUCAGUCCAUGCCAAAAUAUAGUGCCAUUUGUCAUUUGCAACUCUUUCUUAAAAUAAGUUUCUUAAAGUACAAAUUUCCAGUUACAGUUUUUUAGUUUUUUAAAUCCUUGGUUUAAAAGAAAAAUAUUAAGUGAUAAGUCACCUUGCACAACUGAACAUUUUAUCCCCCAAACUUUGUCAGAGUCCAGUGCUCCCCCUACUGGUAGUGGCAUCCCUGCCUCCUGUUGAUCAAAAAGCACCUCUCCAGGGAGAGAUAGAUAACGCUUUGGGCUUUGUUUGCUGUUGCUGGGAAUGAAUGUUUUCAAAGCUGAGGGGAAAUAGAAUUGUGUUUAGAGUGUCCCCUGUAAAGUAUAGAUGGAUGGGCCAGUGCCCAACACACAGUGCGGUGAGGCCAAACAUCACUCUUGGGGAGCACAAAGGGCAGUGCUGAGAUCACAGCCAGUCAGCUCCCUCCGGGUGCCCUGGCCUGAUUGGAUUUUAGAGAAGGCUUUUUCCUUCUACAGACAGCUGCCACGAUAGGAACCUUUCAAAGAACGUUGCUUUGUCAACGCCACCCUGCCUGUGCCAGAGGGUGUCCAGUUCAUGUGCUCACGGAGCUCAGUCCUCGCCACAGCUGGAAGGGCUCUGUCUUGCACAUGGAGAGAUGGAGCCCCAGGAAGUUAAGCCUAGGACUGAGUUGGUCCCUGAGAAGGUCUGCAGGCUCUGAAAAUUGCUGGAGGGAACCAAGUGGACAAACUGGCUAACCUCAACUGCUCUGAGGUGCAGGUUUGGGUGUCUGCCUCCACACCCCAAGCUAAAGGAGGAGUCCAGUUCUGAUACCUUUGCUUUUUCUGUUGGGAACAGAAUAUGACGCAGACAGCAAAGAAAUGUGCCAUCUCCAUUUUCUCACUGCCUGAAUCUCUCUGCCCCACACAUCUGGGAAAUUAAUUUGGGGGCUUUAGAAAGAAAAUUAGCAAUGGGUCUCACCAGGGUGGUGUUGGGAACGCUUUCUGUAGAGGCGUUUAAUUUAUGACUCAUAAAUUAAAUGUGAGUAAGAGCAGUUCAUUAAUGUUGGUAUUGUGGAAGAGGCCUGCGGAGGUUUGAAAACACACAAGUCAAGAAACGCAGUGAAGGGAACACGUGAUAGAAGACAGUGAUAAGCACCAGGCAAGAAGCGAGUUUGGGAAUGGUAAGGGGAUAGCAGUGAGGCUCAUGCCCUCCUACCCAGCCUCUGAAUCCCAUUAGCCACCGCUUGGCACACAUAGCGCGGUUCAGCUGCCAAGAACAUUAGUUGGGGGCCAGGAGGUCGCCCACCCCUUACUGAGCAACCCAGACUUCCCCGAUGCGGUUGUAGCUAUAUCUGUAGCACUGAAAAAAAUAAAAGUUUUAUCUUAGUUUAUUUCCAUUACAGAGGCAUUUUGAAAAAUCUAAAAGAUACAAACACAGGCAAACAGCUGUGUAUUGUAGUGAGAAGCAAAACUAGUGGAGGCGGAUGAGAGAUUUGUCUAGAUGAAGGUAAUUAACUUAAGCCUUUUUUUUUUUAUGUAAUGGAUUAAUUCAUUAGAAAAAUAUCUGCAUCCAACCCAUAGAAAAGGAAGAAAAAGCUAGCAACAAAAAUGUAGCUAUUGUCCAACCUGUCAUAAAUAUUUGCACUUAUGAUACCUUGGACUGUUGCCACAAUAUGGCUGGCUCUGACUAAAAGAUGUCAGUUGAGUCAAACAGUGCGAUGGGAGCAUCAUUUGCUGCUGCCAGAUAAAUGCAGAGGUCUGUGUCUAAACCAGCAAACACUGAUCCUGUAACAAUGCCUUAUUACAGUUGCUUUAUUACCCCACAGGCUGAUGUGGACUUAAUCCUUCGGCUAAUGGAUGUGGGUGCAGAACGGGAUGUCCUCACCUUGUCCUGCUCUCCCACGAGCUUGGCUGGGGUCUCUGCAGUUAGAGCUGCAGCCAGAAUCUCCUUUCCUCAUACCCAAAGCCACAUCUGGCUGAAAUAAAACAGGUUGCUUAUUACUUUCUGCCUCCCUUCAGAAAACACCAACUAAGGGAGACAAAUCAGACCUCUUCACACAGUCUCAUUAAGGCUCAGUGCUAAUGAGAAUGCACAGCCUUUAUGACCUAGGAAGGUAGUAAAUUAGUGUGCAUGUUACACCAUCGACUCUGGCUUUCGUUGUGACACAAAAAGACCACGUUCUUUUUUUGUUUUUUUCGAACGGGCUGCCUGCAUUCUCAUCUUUUAUUUUUUAGAAAUAAACUAAAUUCAGCUCCAGUGAAGCAUUCGUUAAAAUUUUUUUCCACUGAAUCUUUUCCGUGGAUUCAAAGGUCAGAAUUUAUUGUCUGUGAUACUGAGACCAUGUGUACAAACUGCUUUUUGCCUUUCAUGAUUCACUUCUUCAGCAAACGUUUAGUAAGGACUUCUAUAUGGCAGACACUGCAUGAGGUGCUGAGAAGUUACUCAGUGCGAGUGACUGUGUUUUGUGUUUUCAUUUGGAAGCAGCCUAAGUAGGUGGACUCAAGCUCAUACAUAGAAAAGUGCAAAAUACACUUGGUUCUCAUUUCGGCUGCCAGCAUUUCAUUCUUCCUUUUUUUUUUUUUUUAAAGACAAUUUUAUAAACUGCCAUUUGGAACUUCCUAUAAGAAACUCAAAAUUGUCUAAAUAUUCCCUUCACCACCUCUUUCCUUGUUUGAGUACAAAGAAACAGUGUCAGUAUUGCAUGCUGCCCCACAUCUUUCUCCUCACCUUGAAAAGAGACCUCUGUAGUUCGUGAUGUGUAUAUUUAUUCUGACUUCAGUGUGUGUUAACAUUUUAGGAAUUGAGUAUUUUAAGAGAUGUCUUAGAAUGCUUUCAUUUUCACAAUUUUUCUUUUAUGGAUUUAAGUUGUAUUUCCUGUUUUGACAUGGAACUCAUUUACAAAGACGGUGCAGGAAAGGACUGUCAUCAUGCAUUUGGGUUACGUGAUAUGUAAUAAAUCCAUGGUUUUAUGGCCAGCUUUACGUUUCCCUGAGGGAAGGAGAUGUAUUUCUGCUGUGUCCAGAUCGAAUGAGCUGUUCACAGCAUGUUCUCACAUGUUCCGUCUCAGCCUGAUGAAAUCCGCCCGGCCACAACAGAAACUUUUGUACGCGCUGUCUCUGUAUUAUAUUCAAUAAAUUC